AUGCCCCGCCCACAAUCCAUCAUCAUAACCGGCGGCGCAUCAGGCAUCGGCCUAGGUCUAACCCACCACUUCCUCUCCUCCCCCAAAAACACAAACCCAAAGACAAACACCCACGUCACAAUCCUAGACAACAAUCCCUCAGCAGGCGCCAAAGCGCGCCAGUCCCUGCGCUCGCAGUACCCCACUGCGAGCGUUAGUUUCGAGCACUGCGAUGUGUCCUCGUGGGAGUCGCAGGCUGCGGCUUUUGAAAAGGUAGUUGAGCAUGGUGGUGGGCCGGUGAAGCCGGGGUUGAAGACGGUGGAUGUUAAUUUUUGGGGGGUUAUUUAUUCUGUUCAUUUGGGGAUACAUUAUAUCUCUAAGAAUACCCCUACAGAUGCUGGUGACGGAAAACCUCCCAGCAAGGGUAGUAUCAUUUGCACCGCGUCCAAUGCUGGUAUCUAUGCUUUCCCGAUGGCACCGAUCUAUUCAGCCACCAAACACGGUGUUAUCGGGUUGGUCCGCUCUCUGGCGCCAAGAUUGGAAAGGGAGCAGAUUCAGAUCAAUGCACUCGCGCCGGCUGUUAUUGAAACCAACCUCGCGCCCAGCUCGGGCUUGUUCAAGGCGAUGAUCCUUACGCCUAUGUCGACGGCUGUUAAGGCCGUGGAGCAAUUUGUUGAUGAUUCUUCGUUGACCGGGAAGGUCGCUGAGUUGCAUGGGGAGCAUGUUACUUUUGCGGAGCCGCCGAAGUAUGUUGAUGAGGAUACGAAGACGAAUAUUGAGAUGUUUAUGAGGUUGGGGUAUGCAUAGUCAGACCCUUGGAGAGUUGGCGAUGGUACUUGUGACGGCGAUGAAGAAAAUAGUCGAUAUUAAUACAUACAACCCCCCGCGUAUAUACUCCUCCCAUAUGCAAAACAGUCCAAAUAGCAGUAAUACACAACAAAUACACACACAUAUCCAACCUAUUCAUCCAUAAGAAGCACCUUCAGCUUCUCCAAUUUAUCCUCACACUUCACCUCCAUCCGCAUCACCACAUCCACGCUUUCCUUCUUGGUGAUAAGCAACUGCGAAACAAGCCAGAAGUUGUAUCCGUUCUUGUAGAAACCCAUCGACGCCCAUUGAUCUCCUGGUAAUUGGUUGUGCAAUGCCACCC